AUGAGUGAGUUAAACUCGAUGGAAGUGGAUACAACGGAAACAAUACAGGACAUUGCUAUCAAACUGGUGACGGAACAGCAAAAGAACGAUUCACGUAUGGCGGAUACCCCGAGCGAACGUACGUUGUUUGUUCUCGGUAGCAAAGGAGUUGGGAAGUCAACAUUAAUCAAUAGAUUUUUAGAUCGAGAUGAUGUGCCAAGACCAACGCUAGCGCUGGAAUACUCGUUUGGCCGCAGGACGGCCUCAGGACAGGGUGCACAAAAGAACAUAUGCAAUGUAUGGGAGCUGGGUAGUCUCGCAAACUCCAGUCAGUUGAUUGAAAUGCCCAUCCGAUCGCAUGGCUUGGGAACGUUCGCGAGCAUAAUAAUGCUGGAUCUCUCGCAACCCUCCCGUUUAUGGACGGAUCUUGAAAGCGUUCUCAAUGGGCUAAAACAAGCUGUAGCAAAGCAUGCAGCUCACGGACAGAUAGAAGAGAUGCAACUUCUAACUGUACAGCGCAUCGGCAAAGGACAUCCAGAUCUCAACACGCUGGAGCUAUUUCCGUUUCCAAUCGUCAUUAUUGGUGGAAAAUACGAUGUCUACCAGAAUUUAGAUUCUGAAGUACGCAAACACGUGUGCCGAUGCUUGCGAUCGAUUGCGCACACCUUGGGCGCUGCUUUGGUGUACUAUUCCUCGAAAAACUCUUCCUUGUCGAAACUUGCCCGUGACACAAUGAACCAUUUGGGUUUCGGAAGCCCAUCGAAUCCCUUCCGAGGUGCCGUUUUCGAUCAUUCGUCACCGUUGGCGAUUCCUUUCGGUGCCGACUCCUGGGAACGCAUUGGAGUAACGCCAAGCAAUUCGGAACGUAUCGGACAUAGCUUUAGCACUCAAAUCCCGCAGCUUCCUAUGGUGGAUGGUAGUGGUCUUCCUGACGACCCAGCAAAGGAUGUCGGGUUCAAGGAAUCCACGAUCGACGAGCUACGCUCUCAAAAGGACGACGAGCUUAUGUACGUGCUGAAGGAUACCGAAAUUCGAAUGAAGUUCGAAGUAGCUCAGUAA